CACAAAUGAGCCCAUAUGGGCGUUUUAACAGUUGAUAUGCCAUUUUUCCCCCCUAGCUUAAAAUGAGUACUCCCACGAGAAGAAGUAAAAUAAGCUAGAACCAUUAUUGUACCCCCGACCCCAUUUGAUGGGGCAUUGCGGUUGUAAAAUGGGGGUUUUCAAGGAAUAACGGUGGCGUAGGGGAAAUUGAGACGAGCCAAACAGAGAAAGGAAUAACUCAGCCAUGACCAACAAGGCAGUCAGCCGCAGCGACAAUUUCAGUAGGAUUAUUUCUGCAGUCAGAUUCGAAAUAUCCCGCGCAAUGUGUGUCGGCGCUGUUUUUCUGUUCGGAGUAGCCGCGCCUUGGUGCUGCAGAGGACGCCGAAGUCGGAACUACGCGCGGAGGAACACCAGCCUUCGGAGCGCGCGCGCGUGCGUUGAAAGCUGCGAUCGAGCAGCCAUUUGCCAGCGACGGCGCAUUCUUCUACCGUGGUUGAUGUUUCUCACUGCUUUGAACCCCCAAGACUCCACGGACUGCGGCUGUGGUCGUUUCAUUGCCAACUGUGAGGAUGAAGCAGCUUCAUGGCCGGAGAUCGGGUGCCUCCCAUCAGUUUCCCUUUUCAGCAAUAGAGGCCUUGGAGGCCUUUCUACCUGCGUUGCAUCCUGUGGCUGGACCACUCCAACGAUCUCGGCGGAAUCGUUACACAGGAAGAAGUCUGGCUGGCCCCAAGCCUGGUGCAAAAUGAAGAAAUGGCACUCCACAUCAAUUCAUGUUUACUUGUCGUCAUAACCAGUCUGUUAGCUUAAUUUUUGGUUCUUUCUAUUGAAUUCUCAAGAAAGGUACCAACUCUGUCAUUCAUUGAAAACAAAUUUUUGCACUUGGGGAUGCAGCCAUGCACAAAGCCUUUGAGCUCAUUAAUAUCUUUAUUUUUUAAAGAAAGUGCAGCUCCUGCGUGGAGCAAUAGGUUGAAUAAGACGAGGGUAAAUGAAAAGAUGGCGAAAUUAGUCAUCAACAGUUGUCCAACAAAGGAAGUCUCAAGCUGGAGGCAACAUCUUUGCAAGAGAACCAAAUGGCUCCAGCCUGAGACAUUCGUUGUUCAACCUGGCAAGUCUCCUUCUCGAAAUAUUUCCUCUAGCCUGAGACCUAUAGCCAUUCCACCACCCUUGACCAACAAUACACCUAUACAUUUGGUAACCCAUGGAAAGGUAGCAAAUUCACAUUCAAGGAAAGGGAAUGUAGUGUGCACCCUGGAAGGUAGCAUGAACAGUAUUUUAUUUACUUAAUGAAAUGCAGAUUUGCUAUCCAAUUACUUUAUUUUGAUCCCCGUUUUAUAAUUGGACAGCAUGGUUCCUCGGAGAGAAUAAUAAUUCGAAGCUUACACAAUUUUGCUCCUUUAUGUCCGUUAAAUCUGUCCUGGUUGCUACACUAUCAGCCCUGUCUGCAAUUGCAUAGCAGUGUUUUGAGCAUGCAUCCAAAUUCAAAAGAAUAGUUAGGCUUCUACCUCAGAAUGUUUGCUACUGUGUUGCAGCUCGAAUUCUAUGUCUAGGUGGUCACUGUGAUGCCAUGUGCUUUUUAAAUAAGACCAAUAUGCUAUUUGAAGGGCAAUUAAAUGCAAUCUCAAAUGACCUCAGCUCGGGGAAUGACACAAUUGGAGGUCAAUGUGAUAAGGAGGAUCUGAUUUCUGAAAACAAGGCACUUAAACGGGAGAAAGCAUGACUAAUUUCGUCUAAAGAUGCUGCUAUUGGAUAUGAUCAGGGAAGGUACUUGUUCGUGGCUGCAUUUGCAACAUGUUACAUUGCUGGCUUUAUAUAUUGCACUGGGUACAGUGAAAUGUUGCUGCUUGCACAAUAUUCAACUAAACAUGGUAGCCAUGCUAAUGUGUCCAUGCAGAACACAACUCAUCCACUAUUAUGGACUACAGUGGAACCUCAAUAAACGAAAAUCGCUUCGAAACUGCCGCUUAAAUAGGACACCAUCCUGAUAAUUGGUUGGCUCUCUGCAAUGUCUCUCAGUAAAUAUAAUGCCUGGUAAAUGGAACCAAUUUCCCUGGCACCUUGCGGCUCCAUUUAAAGAGCACCCACUGUAAAAAUAUAGGGGGGAUCGUGUUUGGAACUUUCGUAAAUGUAGUCUUAAACAAAACCGCAUUUCAGUGGGAGCGAAAUGCAAAAGCACCCAUGUACUUAGGUGCAUGUUAAAGAACCCUAGGUUGUCCAAAUUAAUUCGGGGUUACUCGCUAUGGCAUGUGUCAUAAUCAGAAGGUGGGUUCUGGUUCGUAAAAGACAAUAAUUUUUAAUAGCUUGCUCAGAAAUCCAGCACUAAAUUAUGUAGCUCGUUUGUGAUGAGUCCCAAUUUCUUAAUUUAGUACUUUGACAUUUAUCAUAUUUGUGUGCUAGUCCAUGCAAAAUACAACUGAUCGGCCUCAUUAUACCAGCCACUGUUAAUUAGGAAUGGCUUAGUCAAGCAACUUAAACUUACAGCACGAACAUCUAAGA